UUGACCCUAAAAAUGAGAAAGUCGCACGCAACUGUCUGCAAUGCUGUAUUUAUUGUCGAUACAGAUGCACAAUUGCAUAAUCGUAUUUUACAAAUGUAUAUUAUCGUUAUAUACGUAUCCCUCGUAUAUACGUAUCCGAUCCGCUCGUCCCAUCGGAGCUUCCAGAUCAGAACAUAAUUCUACGAAAUUCAGUGAUUUUUUCCGAAGCAUUUCCACCAUGCCAACUUUUAAUUACAAAGAGACCAUCUUUCUACCCUACAGUGUAUCACUGCUGCAGAACAAUCUGAGCGUUAUCAAUACUGAUGAUAAGCAGUUCGAGUACGCCUUGGUGCAUAAGUUCGGUGUUGUCACGGGGAAUCAGGAAUCAUCGGCGGAUGUGCUAAAGAAGCCCUGGUCGACCUCCACCGCCGUCCCCACGGGAGCGCUUGUGCUCAGCAUCGUCAUUUUUCAGAUAAAGAUUUUUCCUUAUAACGGUAAAACCGUGUUAAUUGCCCUAUCCACGCACGGACCAUAUAUUGCGUUCGGGGAAGAACUGGAACCGAUACCCAGUUUCACCAUCGAGGAAAUCCGUCCUAACACAGAAUGGUCUAUGUAUAUUUCGGUGGGGAUUUUGGGUGAGGAUGUGAUCUGCAUGGGCAACUGUCACGGACAAAUCCAGAUCCUGCAGAUACAGGCCGCCAACAAGGAGAAUAUUGUGCCGCUGAAUGUACUGCAGACCACCAGUCGCAGUAAAAUCCUGUUGCUGCGGACUGAUCCUGUCGGGCUGGUGGCGGUAGAUUCGCUGGGAAAGCUGUGGAGCUGGACCGUUGAGAAGGAACCGGCACUGAAAGGCGUUCCUGUUGGGUUAACGGCGUUGACGAACUGUAUGGAGUUAACGGAGGCAUUCAUCGUGCUGGGCUUCUCCAACGGUUCACUGCGCUUAUUCUUCCGCGAGUCCGGAUGUUUGUACUGUGAAGCGUAUGCCCAUGCAUCCGCCAUUACCGCUAUGACAUUCUGCCCGAAAUCCUCGGUUCUGCUGUCGGUGGGCGAGGAUUCCUAUGUGCGCGUCUGGCAGCUACACGAAGAACUGGACAAUUCAAAGUUCCAGCAUGUUCAGAAUACGGUGGUGGAAGAUAUGCGCCUUUGUGGAGUGCAGUUUCUAAACGUUGAUGGAAGCCACUUCGGUGUAGUGGGAUACGAUCGCAACGAAUUAGUCAUUUUUUCCGCAACAUAAAAUUCCUCCGAUUAAAAUUAUCUGGUUUUCUUUUGCGCUUCUAACUGCCAAUAUUUUCGAUACGUUAUGAUUUUGAUAAGCGUUAAAUUUUUUUACAGUAUGAAGACAUCGAUUAUUUGUAUUUACAACUGAAAAUCAAGAACGCUUUCUGGUCAGUAAGAAAUGGCAGACUAUUAUGGCAACAAA